CCGUCUCGCUUGCGGUCUGUUGUGUUUUUCGGCGCUACAACCCUCUUCUGGAAACAUGCACCAACUAGCCCCCCAACAAGUAUUACUCAGUUACCUUUAUGUCUGCUACGUUCCCACCACAGGUGCCAACUACUUCCGAUUGGCAGAAGGUAGCCGAAGGAUUUUUUGAAAAAUGGAACUUCCCGAAUUGUGUAGGCGCCGUGGAUAGGAAACACGUGCAGAUUCAGGCCCCACCAAAUUCAGGCAGCCUAUACUUCAACUAUAAAGGCACAUACUCUAUAGUACUUAUGGCUAUAGCUGACAGCAAUCUGAAGUUUAUCCUUGUAGACGUUGGGGCCUAUGGGCGGCAGAGCGAUGGCGGAACACUCGGAGCCUCAAGGCUAGGGAAAUUCUUGGAGCGUGGCCUCCUCGGUCUCCCGGCACCAAAAUGCUUACCAGAGACUUCAACGGUGGCACCCCACGUUUUCGUAGGGGACGAGGCGUUCCAGCUUCGCCCCGACUUUCUUCGGCCUUACCAAGGUAGAGGCCUAGAUGAAGGCAAACGAAUAUUCAACUAUCGGCUCAGUCGUGCAAGGAGGUGUGUUGAAAACGCAUUCGGGGUGAUGGCCUCGAGAUUUCGCAUUUUUCGCCGAGUUAUUAACCUGCUCCCCGAGAAUGCAGAUUAUGUGGUAAUGGCUGCAUGUGUGCUGCACAAUUUUCUGAGUGAAGAUGCAGCUUACAUGCCACCAAACUAUGCGGACUCAGAAGACUGCUACGAUAACGUUACUGAAGGCCAGUGGCGGGAAGAAGACACCCAAGCCAUGCUUGAAUUGGCGCCGCCGGUGGGCCAUAACUACAGUCGUAGUGCAGCUGCAACAAGGGAGAUUUUCAAGGACUAUUUUAAUAGCACGCAAGGAGCCGUGCCAUGGCAGUGGGCAUCAGCUGGACUGCGGCACUGAAGACAAUGCUCUGUGCCACCCCUCUCUCUCUCUCUCUCUCUCUGUGUGUGUGUGUGUGUGUGUGUGUGUGUGUGUGUGUGUGUGUGUGUGUGUGUGUGUGUGUGUGUGUGUGUGUGUGUGUGUGUGUGUGUG